AUGAGGUUUUAUGCCAAGUUUGUAGUGGCAUUGGCCAGUUUGACUGCUUUGUUGCACUAUUAUUGCUCGACAAGCGAAUGUUCGGUUGAAUUACAGCAGAUUUGUCGGUACACUUCUCCUACAGUUUGGGAUGAACUGUUGGUUGAGCAAAAUGGGUUCUAUAAGAAUCAUGUGCACUCUGUAUUGGAAUUGAUUCACGGCGAAUAUGCUGACCGUGUGGAACCACAUCUUUUGAAGCUUGGAAGUGAUGUUCACGAUAAAGUGUACACGCCUGCGGUUGUUUAUGCUAAGGAAAGCUGUGAUUCCUCUCUCCAAUGGAUGUCCGAACACAUAUUUCAACUACGGCGUAAGGUUGCGUUCUAUUACAACGUUAUGGUAAGACCCACGAUUCAGAAAAUCGUGUUUUAUUGUAAGCUGGGUGAGUUUUGUGCAGCCCUUCACUCUAGAUUGGGUCCAUUUUUGGAGAAAGUCAGAUUUGUUUGGCACUAUUUGAGACCUUACACUGAGAAAGCGAGGUCUUCUGUAGAACAGAGCUAUUCAGAGUUGAGAGAUGUGUACUAUCGCUCUUCACACUGGAUGGCUGGUGGUACCUUCGAGGAAAAGAAGACGACUGAGCAGACUGUGACAAGCAGUGAUAGUGAAACUGAAGUGGAAAGUGAUGACGAGGAUGAAGAGGAAGAGAUUGAGACCAGUACAAUCACUUCUACUGUACUCGUUACUGUAACGAUGGAUGAUAAUUCUGUUGCAUCGCAAACGGAAGAAGCUGCUUUGCAAGUCUCUGAGCAAGAAGCUUUGCAAGAUGAAUUCGAUGCCUGGUCCCAUUUGAUCGAUCAGAAAUCAUCAAACUUGAUCAAGAUGUUUAACAAGGAUGUCGACAAAAUGGCAAAGCGUAAGAUUGCCGAAUCUGAGCCACUUAUCAAGGAAAAAACUAAUCGGACGCACCAGAUCGCUCAACAAUAUUUCAGGAAAUUGAACAAAGCUAUCCAAGAUAUCAAUUGUACUUCUGAAGUCACUGACUCAGGUGAAAUCAUCUAUUUCGAUCAAAGUGGUACUACACAACUUGCCAACUAUAUCACCCGUCCCUUAGUGCGUGCUAUCUUCAACGAAACCCACUCUGAGCUUGAAUCCUUGACCAAGGAGAUCGAACAAGAUUUACAGACUUUAACUGACAACAUACAGUCCCAUGUCACUGACUUGCGUGAGGACUUACUCGAAGUUUACGAAGAAUGGGGGGACGUCAUGAUCAGCGAAUGGUCCAAGAGACUAGCAUAUGUUGACGUAGUUGCAGUACACCUCAAUGUUAACGAAGAAGACCAACUUGACAUCUCAUCCGACAACUGGAGAAGAUUCUUACAUCUCAAGAAACAGGUCAUCAAGGCCCGUGACGACCUCGCAAAUCACCCUGCAAACGUAAAGGCUCUUAAGACGUUCCUCAACAAGGCUCAGUGGAUUAUAGAAACUGUUACAAAAGAAUCAGGCGAGUAUCUCUACAUCCUAAGAGCAAGAGCGAAUCUAGCUUUCCAAGAGCGCGAAAGACAAGAGCGCGAAAGAUCAGCUAAAGAGCUAGCUACAAGCCACCCAAGUAGUUCAGCUAACGGAACAGUACCAGACGACCAACCAAACCACGUGGAAGAUCAGGUCCACAAGCCCAUCGAAGAGUCGGCUCCAGCUCUCGAAGACCCUGAAAUCUAA